AUGCCGCCACCCGAUGGCUGCUCCAUCAACUCAGCCGCUUCCGAUGAGAGUGAGGACACCGAACCUCUCAUCGGGGGUGAUGAAAUUCCUCCUCGGUGCUGCUCGGCCCGCUUCAACCUCGCCUUCCUGAUGUUCCUCGGCUUCACUGUGGUCUACGGUCUCCGUGUCAACCUCAGCGUCGCCAUGGUAGCCAUGGUGAACAGCACCGACCCAGAUCCAGACGGAAACCACUCCGUCACCAACGCCUGUCCACCACCAUCAGGACGCGAGAACACUAGCAAUAACUUCCAGCAGCCUGCCGGGGUCCCUCACUACAACUGGGACUCUGAGACUCAGGGCUGGCUGCUCGGGGCUUUCUUCUUCGGCUACCUGUGCACGCAGAUCCCGGGCGGCUACCUGGCCGGUCACUACGGGGGGAAGUUUUUCCUGGGUUUGGGUGUGCUGGGCACGGCUGCCCUCACUCUGCUCACCCCUCUCGCUGCCAAAUGGGGGUCGUACUGGCUGUUUGCACUGCGAGCUCUGGAGGGCUUCGGAGAGGUUCGUUUAACCAUGUCGGCAUCUGGGGGCAGCUUUGGCGCCUUUGUGGCCCUGCCGCUCACUGGCUACAUCUGCCAGAUGCUGGGCUGGCCCACUGUCUUCUACAUCUGUGGCAGUGCUGGUUGCCUCUGGGCAGUCUUUUGGUUUAUCUUCGUGUCAGAUGACCCUCGCACCCAUCGCCGAAUCAGCAAAGAGGAGCGAGAUUACAUCAUUAAAACCGUCGGACCACAGGUACGAGUGAAACGUUAACAGAUAUUUAUUUACAUUGAUCCUCGUGUGUGUCUCUGUCAGGGGACCCUGUUAUAAUCUGACCAAGCAAAUCCUUCGUAUCUUUUAUACUCCUUAUAUUUAUCUGGAGCUAUUUGUGUAAAUCUAUUUUAUACAUAAAGCUUCAGACUCCAUGUGACAGUUGUUUUUGUUUGUUUUGUUGGUCCUCGUCUGCUUUUUAAUUAUUUUGUGCUCUAUAU